AUGGAGGGGCAUGCUGAAAUAGAGAUGCUGGGGACACUGAAGGGGCCCUCCACAGGGGAGGUCAGCGUGCACCUGGUGGCCAGAGACAGCCCAGGUUCCGGCUCUCACCUGCCCGCUGCUGCCUUUAUCAUUCCAGCCAGCUCGGCCACCCUUGGUCUGCCCAGCAGUGCCCUGGAUGUGUCCUGCUUUCCGCGGGAGCAGCUCCAUGUGGGCACCCCGGAGCGAGUGGCUGGCAGCGUACCUGUCACCGCCACCGUUCUGCCACAGUUAAGCGCUGGGCCGGCGGCCAGCCCCAGCACCAGCACAGUGCGGCUCCUGGAGUGGCCCGAGGCCGCGGCCCCGCCUUCUAGGAGUGGCCUGCGGUUCCAGAUAAGCGAAUACGCACCGCCGAACAUGGUAGGAGCGGAGCAGCCCCCGAGCCCCGAGCUGCGGCGGGAAGGCGUGGCCGAGUACGAAGAUGGCGAGGCCCUGGCGGGAGGUGGCGAUGCGGGCCCCCAACAGACGGAAGACCUCCCCCAGGACCCUCCAGAAGAUAACCCUCAGGACCCGCCAGAGGAUGAUGGCACCUGCCAAUGCCAGGCGUGUGGGCCUCAGCAAGGCGCUGGUCCAGAUCCUGGUGCCUCCAAUGAUGGCUGCCCCCAGCUCUUCCAGGAGCGGUCAGUCAUAGUGGAGAACUCUUCAGGCCAGAACAACUCCUGCACCAGCGCUUCUGAGCUCCUCAAACCCAUGAAGAAAAGGAAGCACAGGGAAUAUCAGAGCCUAUCUGAGGAGGAGUCGGAGCCGGAGGCCAUGGAGAAGCAAGAAGAAGGAAAGGAUCCAGAGGGACAACCCACCACUAGCACCCCAGAAAGUGAGGAGUGGAACAGCAGCCAGCCUGCCUCAGGGGAGAAGAAGGAAGGCUGGUCGUGGGAAUCCUACCUUGAGGAGAAGAAGGCCAUCACUGCCCCCAUCAGCCUCUUCCAGGACUACCAGGCGGUCACUCAUAACAAGAAUGGCUUCAAACCGGGCAUGAAGUUGGAAGGCAUUGACCCUCAGCACCCAAGCAUGUACUUCAUCCUCACCGUGGCUGAGGUGUGUGGCUACCGCCUACGUCUGCACUUCGAUGGGUAUUCCGAGUGCCACGACUUCUGGAUCAAUGCCAGUUCCCCUGACAUUCAUCCCGCUGGCUGGUUCGAGAAGACGGGGCACAAGCUGCAGCCCCCCAAAGGUUACAAGGAGGAGGAGUUCAGCUGGAGCCAUUACCUGCGCAGCACAAGGACCCAGGCUGCCCCCAAGCACCUGUUCGUGAGCCAGAGCCACAGUCCCCCACCCCUGGGCUUCCAGGUGGGCAUGAAGCUGGAGGCCGUGGACCGCAUGAACCCAUCCCUCAUCUGCGUGGCCAGUGUGACCGAUGUGGUGGACAGCCGCUUCCUGGUGCACUUUGACAACUGGGAUGACACUUACGACUACUGGUGUGAUCCCAGCAGCCCCUACAUCCACCCGGUGGGCUGGUGCCAGAAGCAAGGAAAGCCCCUCACCCCUCCACGAGACUACCCAGACCCUGACAGCUUCUGUUGGGAGAAAUAUCUGGAAGAAACUGGGGCCUCUGCUGUGCCCGCCUGGGCCUUCAAGGUGCGACCCCCGCACAGCUUCCUGGUCAACAUGAAACUGGAGGCCGUGGACCGCAGGAACCCAGCCCUAAUUCGUGUGGCCAGCGUGGAGGAUGUGGAGGACCAUCGGAUAAAGCUCCACUUUGAUGGCUGGAGUCACGCCUAUGACUUCUGGAUCGAUGCCGACCACCCUGACCUCCACCCCGCGGGCUGGUGCUCCAAGACAGGGCAUCCCCUGCAGCCUCCUCUCCGACCCAGAGAGCCCAGCUCUGCCUCCCCUGGGGGCUGUCCCCCUCUCAGCUGUCGAAGCCUGCCACAGACCAAGACCUCCAAGUACAGCUUUCACCACCGAAAGUGCCCCACUCCUGGUUGUGAUGGCUCUGGCCACGUCACAGGCAAGUUCACAGCCCACCACUGCCUCUCGGGCUGCCCACUGGCCGAGAGGAACCAGAGCCGGCUGAAGGCAGAGCUGUCCGACACGGAGGCCUUGGCCCGUAAGAGGAACCUCUCGGGCUUCUCCCUAAGGAAGAAGCCUCGCCAUCACAGCCGGAUCGGACGCCCUCCAAAGUAUCAGAAGAUCCCACAGGAAGAUUUCCCGACACUGACCACUGACGUCAUGCACCAGUCCCUCUUCAUGUCGGCCCUGUCGGCCCACCCCGACCGGUCGCUGUCAGCGUGCUGGGAGCAGCACUGCAGGCUCCUGCCGGGAGUGGCGGGCAUCUCGGCCUCGACAGUCGCCAAGUGGACCAUCAAUGAGAUGAUUGACGGCGAGGCCUUCCUUUUGCUGACACAGGCGGACAUUGUGAAGAUCAUGAGUGUCAAGCUGGGCCCAGCCUUGAAGAUCUAUAACGCCAUCCUCAUGUUCAAAAACGCCGACGACACCUUAAAGUGACUGGCUCAGGGCUGGUCUCUUAAAUAUCUCCCUCUGCAG